UGCCUCGCGCCGAGCAAGAUGGCGGCGCCCGUGGCUGUGUCCGCGGCCCGGGCUGUGCGCUGGGCAGUGAGAACCGCAUCAGCGGGGCCGCUCCGGACAGGGACAGGGACAGGGACAGGGACAGGCCGUCUCCUGCAGCGCUGUGCCCCACGGGCCCCCGUGCUCCCCACCCGCUGGAGUGGGAGCAGCUCGGCGCUGGGCAGAAUCCUGGGCAUCCCUGAUGAGAAGCCGAGCAACACCCUGGGCCAGCACCCACCACCCGUGGCCACCGACAAAGAGGAACAAGCCCGUCUGUUACAAGAUCAGCCUGACCAUCCCCAGAACCCAAAGGUUUUAAGAAUUGCCAUCAUCGGGGCACCCAACGCUGGGAAGUCCACGCUCUCCAAUCAGCUGUUGGGCAGAAAGGUUUUCCCUGUCUCUAAGAAGGUGCACACAACCCGAUGCAAAGCCCGGGGCGUUGUCACGUGUGAGGACACACAGCUGAUCAUUUUGGACACACCAGGCCUCACUAACCCUGUGAAAGCCAAAAGGCACAAACUAGAUGAAGCCAUGCUGACAGACCCAUGGGAGAGCAUGAAACACGCGGAUUUAGUUCUGGUUCUGGUGGACGUGUCGGAUCACUGGACGCGAAACUCUCUGAGCAAAGAGGUGCUGAAGGUUCUUUCUGAGUUUCCUCAGAUCCCCAGUGUCCUGGUUCUAAACAAGGUAGAUCUGCUAAAGAAUAAGUUUCUCCUGCUGGAACUUGUAACUGAGCUAACAGAGGGAAUUGUAAAUGGAAAGAAACUGGAAGCAGAGUCUGCAUUUAAACACCGUUCCAGUUCUUCAGUGAAGGGUUCUUCUCCAGUCACUGAGGCUUCCUCACCCACGAAGGGGAUCCUUGAGUCUCACUGCCUGCAGGAAGCAUCUCAUGCUCCAGAAGGUUCCAGCUUGGACAACAGCAGUGAUGUGAGGGCUUCUGAGUCUGGCCUUGUCACAGAAGGAGCACAAGGGCCAAAGCACUGUGGACCCAGAGAUCUAAAAAAUAUGAAAGGUUGGCCAGGCUUCCAGGAGAUCUUCAUGCUGGCAGCUCUUCAUGGGGAGGAGGUGGAUACACUCAAGAGGUACCUCUUGAUGCAAGCCAAACCAGGCCCUUGGGAGUUUCACAGCGGGGUCUUGACCAGCCAGUCACCUCAAGAGAUCUGUGAUAACAUUAUCAGGGAGAAGAUCCUGGAGUACUUGCCACUGGAGGUGCCCUACGGUGUGAUCCAGGAGACAGAGAUGUGGGAGGAAGGCCCGAGUGGGGAGCUCAUCAUCGUGCAGAACCUUGUGGUCCCAAGGAAGUCUCACAUGAUGAUGUUGAUUGGAAGAGGGGGUAAGACUAUCAGCAGGAUUGCUCAGGAGGCUGGCCAAGACCUGAUGAAUGUUUUCCUGUGUGAUGUCCACUUGAAGCUAAAGGUGGAGAUGAAGAGUUGAGCUCUUUGGCAGUGUGUUGAUUGCCUUUGAGCUCUCAGAGAAACUGUUCCCAUUGUCCCCCGUGGGUAUCUUGGCACCUUUGUUGAGUCCAGAAGCAGAGGAUUUUGGAAUCCAUAUAGCUGGCUGAAGAAUAUAUAUUUCAGUUUGGGCCAUUUCCCCAGAUAAUAAAAAUCUCCAGACUUUCUACAGCAGCUUAUCUUGUGGAAGCCAGGGAUGGACAUCAGAGAAGCAACCACAGGUGAAGAUGCCUGAGUAGUUGGUUACAUCAGCAUUCCUGUGAAGUCACUGCUCUUGGCAGCAGGGUCACAGAGGCACAGCUGACACACAGUCACAGCUGAAGAGAAGCCUCAAGUGGGAACAGCAGCAGGUUCAGAGUGUCAGGGAUGGAGAGCAACCAGUACAGGUCAGGACACAAGGAAGUCUUGGAGGAGCAGUGCUGGGACACCGUGUGCUGCUCUGCGGGGCCCCUGGCACAGGACAUGGUGCAACGUGGUACUGGUGUGUGCCUGGGCCCUUGAUGAUCCAAAUGUGAAACUGGUGUGUGUUGGGGGUGAGUGCCUUGAGCAGGGGACACUGUGGUCCCUUGAACACUUCUCUUGAACUUUUGUAUUUUUGGUGCAGUAAAAUGAGGUCCUGGCACAA